UUUCAUAUCAUUGUGGUUGUUGAGGAUAUUAAUGACCAUGCCCCUCGAUUCCAUAAAGAUGAAAUAAAUUUAGAAAUCAGUGAAUCUGUCACCCCGGGGACUGGAACAAUUCUUGAGUCUGCAGAAGACCCUGAUAUUAGCAUGAAUUCACUGAGCAAAUACCAAUUAAGUCCUAAUGAGUAUUUCUCCUUGGUGGUGAAAGACAGUCCUGAUGGUAGCAAAUAUCCAGAAUUAGUACUGAAGAAGACCCUGGACCGAGAAACACAAAGCUCUCAUCAUCUGGUGCUGACAGCCUUAGAUAGCGGGGAUCCACCACGAAGCAGCACAGCUCAAAUCCAAAUCCUGGUGGUGGAUGCCAAUGAUAACCCCCCAGUGUUCAGCCGAGAUAUGUACAGGGUCAGUCUUCGGGAAAGCGUGCCCCCCGGCACUUUGGUGGUGAAGGUGAGCGCCACUGACCGAGAUGAAGGCUUCAAUGCUGAGAUCACCUACUCAUUCCUUGGUGUAGCUAAUAAAGCCCAGCACGUGUUCUCUCUGGAUUCUGCUACAGGAAACAUUAUGACACAUCAACCCUUGGAUUUUGAAGAAGUAGAAAGAUAUACCAUGGAUGUAGAAGCCAAAGACCCAGGAUCCCUCUCUACACAGUGUAAAGUAAUCAUAGAAGUUCUAGACGAAAAUGACAACAACCCUGAAAUAAUCAUCACUUCUCUCUCUGAUCAGAUUUUGGAGGAUUCCCAUCCAGGAACGGUUGUGGCUCUCUUCAAAACACAGGACCAGGAUUCUGGGGAAAAUGGAGAAGUCACAUGUAAUUUAAGCAGAGAUAUUCCAUUUAAGAUUCAUUCUUCAUCUAAUAAUUACUACAAGCUGGUGACAGAUGAACCCUUAGACCGAGAACAGACUCCGGAAUACAAUGUCACCAUAACAGCCACCGACAGGGGCAAGCCGCCCCUCUCCUCCAGCACUACCAUCACCCUGCACAUCACCGACGUCAACGACAACGCGCCGGUUUUCCACCAGGCCUCUUACGUGGUUCACGUGGCCGAGAACAAUCCCCCAGGCGCCUCUAUUGCGCAAGUCAGCGCCUCGGACCCCGACCUGGGGCCCAACGGUCGCGUCUCCUACUCCAUCGUGGCCAGCGACCUG